GGUCAGCGAGGAAUUUUACGGUAAUGGAGAAAAGAAAAGAAGCCACGAGGUUGCUGUUACGGUUAGCAACAUCGAUUCUCCUAACGUCGGUUCACGCCGACGUUUCUCCUUAUCAUGAAAUAGUGGGCGUCGGACAAUCUGCGCCACCGUUUUUCGUUGCUCCACUUUAUGGAGUUGCACCUGCGGUGACCUUGUUGGCCCCGGAGCCCAUAAAAGAGACUGAAACGAUUGUCGCCGGUCCCGUGACUACCACUAUAGUCGAGGGAUCCUCUUCCGGACCUGUGACUAUCCUAUCGCCUGGUAGUUCCAGUAAAAUCCUGCAAAACACGGCUCCAUCGAUCGAAGAAACGACGAAUAUAUCGAGUGUACCAGCGGAUGAUUCGGUGCUCGUUAGAGGAGCGUCGUCUGGUCCGGUAACGUUGGUAGCCCCUUCCGAUAAUUCCGUCGCUAUCGGCGUCGCUGAUAACGCAGCGUCAGCCGGAACGGAAACAAAGAAAGGCGUCGUUGCUACGUCAGCGAAGGCGUCUGUCGCAAUCGAAAACGCAGAAGAAUCGUCGCCGACCGCGGAUGCAUCAGCGAACACGGCGGCAAUUAAAGAAACAAUAGGAAUAGCGUCAGCGAACGCUGUAAUAGGUCCCUCCACAGGUCCCAUAGUUAUUACUGGUCCAACAGCACCGCCGUUGCCUAUUGCUCUCGCUACUUCAACAUCUUCAUCAGCGACUGUUUCUGCUUCCACGACUGUUACUUCUAUCAAUGCGACUACCACAGCGGCUGCAAAUGUUUCUAGUAUCUUAACUGAUGAUGGAGGAAACGAUGAAGCUCCUCUUCUCACAGAGGCGACAAAGUCAGGGAGGAUCGAGGGUGUAGCGUCUAGCAGGAGUUCUCUGACGACCGGUUCCGGUAACACGGUAGCAUCAGCGACGACGAGAGUUAAUUUAAUUCCACCUGGAGCCACGAUCGCAGUCGGCGAGACGCCUUUAAGUAACGUUGUCGUAUCAGCGCCAACAGCCCCGUCCGUGCUCGUUUCCGGUCCCAUGGGAAGAGUUUCCGGCGUCGGUGCUUCCUCGCUGCUGUUCAAAGCGCCCCUGUAUCCAUUGCAGCGUUAACUGCUUGUCCCAUUCGUUGUUCCUCCGGGGUGAAGAUAUAAAAGUAAAAAAAGAUAAAGGAGGGAGAAUCGUUUCUGACGCUUGAAUUACGCGACGUUUAUUCGCAGACGCUCGACAUAUCCUUUCUAAAGACAGUUUCGCUCUGUUAACGUCGAGACAAGCCGUGCAUUCGUUGACAUUGCGUUGGCGACACGACACAAGGAAGGGAACAUGUUGUGCAAGGACAACCGGAGACCAACCAGAAGCAAGGAACUGGCAUUGAUGGCAGCAAGUUGUUUGCUUGAAAACCACUGUUGCAUACAAUGGCUGCGAUAUUUUUCCCACCUCUUCGUAUCGUUGCGUGUAGCAAGGUGCAAGAGUUUCAGGGCCUCGGGUUGAUUAUAAUAACGGUAUUGUUUUUUUAUCAUAUUUCUUCGCAGUUCG